AUGUCUGAUGUGAGAAGACGGCCGUCAAACUCGCUCUUAGGAAUAAUCAAGGAGGUUUUCAAUUGGUAUCCAUCUUCAUAUCCGCUCGAGGAGAGGAAGUUAUUGUUCAAACUCGACGUCUCUAUCUUGGUCUUCGCCUGUCUUUGCUUUUUCGUCAAGUUUCUGGACCAGACCAAUAUCAACAAUGCAUACGUGAGCGGCCUGAAAGAGGACUUCGGUCUGUAUGGGAACGAGCUCAACUAUUUUAAUAUAUGUUACUAUGCUGCCUAUGUAGUAUUUCAGGUGCCCGGAAUGCUCCUAAUGUCGCGGCCAAUUCUGGCUCGCUGGCUCCUCCCUGGACUCGAGAUCCUCUGGGGAAUUUGCACCUUCGCUCAGAGUCGAGUGACGAAUGUCCACCAGUUGUACGCCCUGCGCUUCCUAGUAGGAAUGUUCGAAGCCCCAGUAUUUGCAGGGACGCACUUCAUCUUAGGUUCAUGGUACUCUGGCCCAGACCUGUUCAAGCGCGCAGGAACCUGGUUCCUCUGCAACCCGCUAGGAACAAUGGUAAGCGGGUAUCUCCAAGCAGCGGCAUACACCAAUCUCUCCGGCGUCGCGGGGAUGCCUGGCUGGCGCUGGCUGUUUAUCAUCGACGGGAUAUUUACCAUCCCUGUGGCGCUGAUCGGGUUUGUGAUAUUUCCGGGGAUCCCAGACUCGCCGCCGCCGUUUUUUAUUUCGAAGCGGGAUAUUGAGAUUGCGAAGGAGAGAAUCAAAAGGGCGAAUAUUCGGAGACCGGGAAAGUUGGGUCUUGAUGUCUUUAAACGAAGUCUGAGCAGGUGGCAUAUUUGGGUUUUCUUGUUCUGUUAUGCGUGCAUGAUCCUCUCUUCCUACCCCAGUUCAUACAUGAAUCUCUGGCUCAAAGACGAGGGAUAUUCGGUCACGCAGAUCAACCAGCUGCCCACGGUUAUUUACGCCAUUACAAUUGUUGCUUCAUGGCUGGGGACCACAUUAGCAGCUAUUUAUCCUUCCUGGAUUAUAUACACCGUGGCAUCGCUGUGCUCCCUGUUCUCGACGCUUUGCAUGUGCAUUUGGGACAUCCCGACGGCGCUAAAAUUUGUCGCCUGGUUCCUGUUCGGUGUCUCGGGCUGCACAAGCCCAAUUCUGUACUCUACAGUCAACACCGUCGUCAAGGAUGAUUCUGAAGAAAGGGCACUGAUCAUGGGUGCGAUGAUGACCUUUGGCUACUCUUUCCAAAUCUGGGUCCCCCUGCUACUCUUCCCUACGGCUGGUCCGGACGGUGCCCCACGCUGGCGAAAGGGGUGGCCGGUGACAUUUGUAUUCUAUUUCUUCCUCUGGGCUGGGUUUAUCACGGCGAUUGUGCUGCAUAGAAGAGAUAGGAAACGGAAUGGGGUGGUUGGGGCGGGCUCGGAGUCGGAGUCUGAUGAUGCGGUAUUGAGGAGUCCGGUUAUUGAAGGGGAGACGGAGGUUGUGGUUGAGAAUACAAAGGCAGGAGAACAGAAGUCACUAUAG